UGAAAAAACACGCUCAACCGAUGAUACGCCAUGUCUGAUGGAGAUGAUACUCGUUUUGCUCGGCUUUGGCCACUUCCUUAGCUACUGAGAACAUUGUAACAAGACAGGUGCUUGCAAACUGAGGACACUAGAUGGCCAAGAUGAUGAGCAGGACAAUGAGUUUGUUUGGAAUCCCGAAAUUGCCGAACUGGAGCUGCAGGCAUCUCAUAUCCAUUCUCUAUUUGGUGGAUUGGAUUCCAGGACCUCCGAAAUUACUCUGGCCGCAAAGGAUUUCAAGCAGGCCAAGGCCUUGCUUUUAGCUGCCUGUGCUGCAACGAGCCCACCUGCGUUUCUUCGUGAUGAGAUUGAAACCACUGCCACACGCCUAGUGACAAACAUCCUUGCGAAGUAUAUGGGCCAUGAGAUGUGUGGAUACCAAGCAUCCUUUACUGAAGAAUUGGGCAGUUUAGUACUCACACUGCAGAGUUUUGAUCGGCCUUUGGAUGAACACUUUCGUGCCGAACUAGCAGCUGACCUCGCGAAAUCACUAGCGACAAAUUCUUUUCUACCAACACUUGGUGUGGCUGCAACCAAACCAGCCACAGUAGCUGCUGCUCAACAGAAAGGAUUGGCUGGUGCAGGACUUGCACUAGGAGCUGCUAGCACUGUGGCCACGGGUGGCAGUUCAUUAUUUGCGGUUGGCUUUGCCGCAGCUGCAGCAGGGGUUGGGGCACAUGCUGCAAUGCUUGAAGAUCCAACCACUCCCUCAGUUGGUCAUCCCUUUGGCACUGCAGACCUGGAAAUUGCCAACUCGGUGGCAACGCUAAAGGCAAUGAUUAAACACGGUAUAGACCUGCACCUUUGUGAUGAAAUGUCUGCCGAAGAGCACGUUUUGGCCACAGAAAUGGUGAUCGCACUGUCGAAGCGUUCGUUUAUUGCUGCAUCUUUCGAUGACUUGCCCAGCCUGGUGAUCCCUCUUGGUAGCUUUGGUGAAGAAAACCCCAACCCGUUGCUGGCCUCGAUGAUGACGUGUGCCAUUGCCCUGAUUACAGAUUCUAUUGCUGCUGGGGGUGAGAUCAAUGGGUACAUGUUGCGAUCGGUCACAGUCCGUGGCUCUAGAGGAUGUGCCUUGACCUUUCGUCGAGCGAACACUUGCAGCAUACUGUGACCCUAGAAGCCGCCCUGCUCCAAAGCAAAGCUGCAAGCAUUGGACACUGGAGAAGCUUUGUUGGCCACUGGAGAAGCUUGAUCCUCGCCGCUCGGACUCUCGGACCGGACCCACUUCUUACAGCGGCAACAGAGCUGGCUAUGCUGGCGAACUACCAUGGAGAAAAGCAGCCUUGUGUUGAGAGACUCCAGAAAAAUCCCGAAACUGGAUGAAACUGGCGAUAGCACAUAUACAUCAUCCAACACAGUUGGUGCGUCCCGUGCUCGCUGAGUAAAAAGAGGACACACACACACACUGUUA